AUGAUGAAGUACUUCGCGCUAACACUGGCAGCCAGCGUGUGCACGGCUUUACCUUCUGCGGUCGACGAUAGGCUUGGCCGCAAAGAUGCCAGACCAGCAUUAAGUCUAAGCGACAUCACCAAGAUCGAGCAGUCUGGCCUCACAGCACGGGCUGCGUUCAGUCCCACGUUAGGUGUCAACUUUCCUGAUCCAGCACUGAUCUGGGGAGACGGGUCAUGGAAAGCUUACGGAACCUCAUCCAAUGGAAAGAAAGUGCCUGUUGCCACAUCCAACGACGCACUUUCUUGGACACUCACCGGAAAUGACGCUCUGCCAAAUGUGGGCAGCUGGGUAGAUUCAGGUGAUACGGCUAUAUGGGCUCCAGACGUGCAGAAAAAUGAUGCGGGGACGUAUGUGAUGUAUUACACCGCCCAUCAGUCCGGUGGCACACAUUGCAUUGGCGUUGCAACUUCUAGCACCGCCAUUGGACCAUUCACCCCUCAGGCCAGCCCUCUCAUAUGUGACACUGCUGGCGGCGGCGCUAUUGAUGCCUCUGGAUAUGAUGACGGAGUGAAUCGGUGGAUCACAUGGAAAGUGGACGGUAAUAACCUCGGAGGCGCCACUACAUGUCAAGGAGGAACGCCGUCGGGAGCCUACAAGCCGACUCCAAUCAAGAUCCAACGGAUGGCGCGAGACGCGCUAACACUGCUCGACAGUCCGAAGGUGAUAUUGGAUAACGAAGGAGCGGCCAAUGACGGUGUUGUGGAAGCGCCGGCACUGUACAAGGUCCAGGAUGGGCUCUUUGUGCUCUUCUAUAGCGCACAUUGCUAUGCCAGUGAUGAUUACGAUAUCGAGUACGCCUUCUCGAGCACCAUCGACGGACAGUACACAGACAGAGGGAUUCUUCUAAGGACGGUGGACAAUAAGGGAGUAUACGGACCUGGAGGGUUAGAUAUUGAUCCAAAUGGCAAGAAUGUGUUGUUUCAUGGGCGUGAUGGCCCAGGCCAGGGAGGUGGGGGGACGCGGUAUCUAUACAGUGCCGUGCUGUCCCUUAACGGCAAGGGCAUUUCAUUCCAGUGA